AUGAUUAAGGUCAGCAAUAANUUCUUCAGGAAACAGCUUCGAAUGGAUAGAGGUACAUUCGAUGAGCUCUUUAAUGUCCUUAAUCACUCCAUAACAAGGCAAAACACACGUCUCAGAAAUUGCGUACGACCUGAGAAGGUACUCGCUACUGCAUUGUAUCGACUUGCACACGGCAACUCUUACGCUACGAUCGGUGCAUCACUUGGCAUUGGCAAAAGUACGACAAUUGAGGCUGUUCAAGAUGUAGUUGAAGAGCUCUAUCAGCUGCGAAAUGUCUACAUCAAAUUUCCUACCACUGAAGCAGAAACCCGUGCGAGUAUCAACACAUUCAGCGACCUUUCGGACCUUCCGAACAUUGCUGGGGCAAUAGAUUGUUCCCAUAUUGAUAUCAAAGCUCCAUUUGAGAGUACCGUGGACUACUUCAGCARAUACCAGAGAUACGAUUUCAUUAUUCAAGGUGUAGUCGACGGCAACAAAGUUUUUCUUGAUUUCGCCGCAGGUUUCCCUGGGAGUCUACAUGAUGCGAGAGUAUUACGCAACACUUCUAUUUACAGGAGAGCUGAGAACAGUGAUGUACUGAACGAGCCAUUAUAUCACAUUGGAAAUAAUUCUAUAAGACCCUACCUCGUUGGUGACAGUGCUUACCCUCUCUGUGGGUGGAUACAAAAACCAUACCCUGAAGCUACCAGAGAUGCAGACGAGAUAACUUUCAAUAAAGAGCUUUCUAGUGCACGUGUUAUGGUAGAAUGCUCGUUUGGUAUCCUGAAAAGCCGUUGGCGAAUUUUAUCCAAAAGGUUGGAUAGUGAUAUUGAUUUUGCAAUCAAGUGCGCAGUUGCUUGUGCAGUGCUACAUAACUUUUGUAUUUUAAAUGGAGAUGAUUGGGACGAUGAUGGCGACGACGAUACUGAUGAUGAURACGGCAAUCAUAACAAUGGUGUAAUGGAUGAUGGAGAUAAUAUAUGAGAAAUUUUAAAAGAUUAUAUUAUAUUACCAAGAACAUGA